AGCGGAACUGCGCCACGUAGCACUUGUGCAGGCGCAUAGGCUACUUCAGUGAUACCACAGAUUAAUUUUUGCUUGAAGCUACCUUGUCCUAUCCCACAAGUUAGGCGUCUUACGUUGCACAGUAGGAGCAUCUCCGCUUUAAGGCCCACGCCCUUACUCCCUUGGCCAUUUUAGUUGCUACGUUUUGCUCUUUUUAGCUUGUACAAAGGAUGAACCGAGGUGCAGUCGGCGAUUUUGCCGUGCCCAGCACCUCUCGACCUCAGCUGCUGCCUUUUCGAGCCAAGCGGUCGCGGUAUCAUGCCGGCGACAACGUCAUGUCCAGUCGUUCCCUUCUUCACAGUAGCCAAACCACUAGCACAACAUGUAGGACAAUGGCGCGGGAUAGACUAGGUGCCCAAGAGCGCGAGGAGUUGGAGGCGAUGCGAGCUCGCCUGAACCAGCAACUCCGUGCAACCGUCCCCACCGUGGACAACGGCAAGAGAUCACAAUUGAGGAUAAAUGAAUUUCCCUCGGACGACGAGUACCAUCCCUCCCAAGGCUGGAGGCCGCAGCCACACCACUUGUCAAAAGAGCAGCUAUGGGAGCGUAUCCGCGAAGAGGCGCAGUACGAUGCGGCCUCCGAGCCCGCCCUCGCCAGCAACCUCUACAGCACCAUCCUCGCUCACAACUCCAUGGAAAAGACCAUGUCCUUCCUGCUUGCCAACAAGCUGGCCAACCCCACCAUGCUGGGCAUGCAGCUGAUGCGGCUGAUCCAGCAGGCGUACGACGACGACCCCGGCCUCAUGGAGGCGGCGCUGGCGGACCUGCAGGCCGUGUACGACCGCGACCCCGCCUGCGACAAGUACUCGCAGGCCAUGCUGUACUUCAAGGGCUUCCAGGCGGUGCAGUGCCACAGGGUGGCGCACUGGCUGUGGAGCAAGGGGCGGAAGCCGCUUGCGCUGGCCUUCCAGAGCCGCAUGUCGGAGGCGUUCCAUGUGGACAUCCACCCCGCGGCGCAGAUCGGGCGCGGCAUCCUCAUCGACCACGCCACGGGGGUGGUCAUCGGAGAGACGGCGGUGGUGGGGGACAACGUAUCCAUGCUGCACCACGUCACACUGGGGGGAAGCGGCACGGAGCGGGGAAAGCGGCACCCAACCAUCGACCACGGCGUGCUUCUGGGAGCGGGAGUGACGGUGCUGGGGCCAAUCACGGUGGGCGCGGGCAGCAAAGUGGGCGCGGGGAGUGUUGUGGUGAACGACAUUCCCUGCCAUGCGGUGGCGGUCGGGGUGCCGGCGCGGAUCAUCAAGCGAGACCUCAUCAAGGAGCCGGUGAAGGAUAUGGACCAGUGUGUCGACUUUGUGUUGGAUUACGAGAUCUGAUGAGCUAAGAGGGUUUAACAAGACCAUGCCUUGAGGCGUUGAGGUGGUGACGUGGCGUCAGGCCUGUCGCAUGGCCUAUGACAGGGCUUGAAGGCUCUGUUGACACUGCUGCAGCGGAAAGGUGGCAUGGUUCCGGGCGUUUUGCAAUUUGCAUGUGUGUUGUCAUCUACAUGUACGUUUGGCGCUGGGGCCGGAAAGCCCCAUGCGCGGCAGCUUUGGCAGUGGCCCCCCGUGCGCUGGGCAACGGCGGGUGCCACCUUCACAAGCCGUUGAUGUUCCACAAUUGCGUCGUUGCGUGUUGGCGCGGUAACUACUUGGCGCAUGCUGGAUUUACUUUGGCAGGCUUUUGCUGCUGCUUGAAGGCCGUGCUACAUACGUCUAUUUCAUUGCUCCAAACUUAACCCUACUGGUAGGUAGUACCCGCGGCGGCGGGGUGCCGUUUUUCUCGAGUACUGCUUUGGGGGCUUACGAAUUGACGCAAGACGUGGGGACGGUUCCUUCCUUUUCAAUUUGUUGUUGGACUGACGUCUCCCUUGCCAUGAGUGCUGUCAGUAGCGAGGAUGAAGUGGUAAGCAGGGCUUGAUUGCCAGGAUAGAUAGAUGCAGUCGAUUCCGGGUCUAGGGGCGUCUUGCCUGGCGUUGACAUGCGUCAAGUGUCAUGGCGUGCGCUGCAUGCUCAUGGGAAAACGCUUUUGCAUGAGCUGGCCGUGGGGGUCCGUUUAUGUUCGUGCGCUGGGGACAGCAGUGAUCUGCGCAUGUGGCAGUGCGAUGGAUUCCGCGGGGCAAACAUGUGUGUCGUGCAGUGUGUGUCUCUCUCAGGCAGAGGCCGUCGCGUUGGGCUGCGUCGAUGCCAUGCAGGAUUCGGGCAUGGGGCAAGGCAUGGAGCGAUGCGCGAACUCGGGAGGGAAGCUAAACAACGCUUGGAUAGUGUUGCGGAUGUCUUUUGAACAUCGCUCAUGCGCAUGUUGGGCGGACUAGAACAUAGGAAAACAUGGUAUGGCCUGGCCGCCUCUGUAGUAUUGUAGGAAUGGGGUUGGAGGCAGCUGGCAGGCGCAUAUGUGUAUCGGUAGAGAUCUGCGUGUACCAUCACCCUUUAAUACCCGAAUUGUUUUCUUAAGACACUCACCGUAUGCCACUUACCAUUGUGAGCAUAGCAAAUACAGGCGUGAUGCAGCGUGCGAGGUGGAUGGGGAUGUGCGUGGGAGGUGCAAAGGGCGUUCAAUGAACAUGCUCGAAGGUUGCAGUCAAGCCAACCCCUGUUGUCGGUUGAAACUGUAACUGUAACGAAUGAGGGACAUGCGGAUUGACAAGUAC